UAUAAGAAUGGGCGGGAAAGCGGGACGAACUUCAAAACUCGCAGCGACGGUGCUGCUGGUAGUCAACUUCGUUGUUAUGAUGGCGUGCGGAGCGGUAUUCGCGUUCAGCCUUUGGGUGAUCGUCUCACCUACCACACUCUCGCCGGUCAUCGACAAGAUUGACAGCCCUGUGGUCAAGACCCUGCUGGCGCCUCACACGUUGACCGCAUCCCUGGGCGUGGCUCUAGCUCUGCUGGCGCUGUUCUUCUUCUUCGUGGCCUUCAUGGGGUUCUGCGGGGCGCUUACACAAUCACAGUUCUUGCUGGUCAUGUAUUCAGCACUUAUUCUGCUACUACUUCUACUGGAAUGUGCGCUGUUUUAUUACUUCUCGUCUACGCUACUUGAGAAAGGUCUACUUAGAGAAGAUGGACAGUGGACACACGCGCUUCGCAUCGCGUUUACCUGCUGCGAGAAUGUCAAUGCGAGUACAACCGAACCAGCUAAGCUACCGUGGUCCUGCUGCGGCCGUGCCGGCUACCCUGACAACUGCACUGCCGCCAACAUAUACCAAAAAGACUGUCUACAAACGAUAGCAGGUUGGCUACGCCGCUACCAAACAGCGGCGUACGCGUCGCUUGUAGCCACACAUGUGAUACUGUCCUCGUGUGCGUUGCUGCGGCGACGGAGCUAGCGGCACGCGCGCCGCGGCAGCAGCGGCGGCGCAAGUCCUCAACCCUCCAGGAAGCGGUCCUGGCACGUCUCCCGCGUGUUUCCCGGACCUGGACAAGACGACGUGCUCAUGUUCGUGCUCGGCCGGGGAAAACUCGGCUGGGUGGAGAAGACUUAGCUUCAUGCCA